AUGCCUUCUGCUCAAUCGACCUUCAAGGGCCUUCCUGUCAUUCCGCCCAAUGACCCCUCCCUUACCGCAACCACCACAACCCCACGCAAGAUCCGCAAGGUCUUUGAAGCCAUUGAUCAAGCCGAAGGAGCUGGCGCAAGAGUCAGGAGAUCAGUCGGAACCCGAGAAUUGAAGAACUUCACCCCCUUCCUCAUGCUCGACCACUUCACCAUUGCCCCCGGGGCCGGUUUCCCAGACCAUCCCCACCGCGGCCAAGAAACAAUAACCUACCUCCUCAGCGGCGCCGUCGACCACGAAGACUUUGCCGGAAACAAAGGCACAAUCCACGCUGGUGACCUCCAAUUCAUGACCGCCGGCCGUGGCAUCGUGCACGCGGAAAUGCCCGCCCAAAACCCCGACGGCUCUGCAAACAUUGGAAUGCAACUCUGGGUAGACCUCCCCGAACAGUUGAAAGAUUGCGAACCUCGUUACCGUGAUUUACGCUCGAAUGAGAUUCCGGUUGCAAAGUCGGAGGAUGGAAAGGUGGAGGUCAAGGUGAUCAGUGGAAGGGCGUAUGGGGUUGAUUCGUUGCAGGAGUUGGCUUAUACGCCUGUGUGGUUGUUGGAUGUCAGGGUGCAGCCUGGUGGCACUUUCAACACUCCUUUGCCGCAUAAGUGGAAUGCUUUCAUCUACACCUUGUCCUCGAGCAUCAACCUCUCUUCUGGAACCGAUUCUCGCACCAUCCCGCAGUAUCACAAUGCUGUCUUGGAGCAAGAAGGCGAUAGCAUUGUUGCGAGCGUUCCAGCCACGGCGGACAAGGAGAGCAGAUUCAUUCUUGUCGCUGGUCUCCCUUUGAAGCAGGCGAUUGUACAAUACGGACCUUUCGUUCAGACGAGCACAGAGGGUAUCUACAAGGCUAUGGCUGAUUACCAGGGCUACGCCAAUGGCUUCGAGAGAGCCGAGAACUGGGAGAGCGAGAUUGGAAAGAGUAUGGUGCAUUGA